AUGCGCUGUAGUUCUCCCCUCUCCUUGCCGUGCUCCUCCUCUCUUCUUCUUCUUCUUCUUCUUCUUCUUCUUCUUCUUCUUCUUCUAUCUCUAGAAAUGCUGCCCAACCAGGCUGUUUCAGUCGCCCGUCUUACGAAGUGUUGUUUCCCGCUAAGAGAUGGGACAAGAGGAAGAGGGCCCAUAAGGGGUAAUGAAGGAAGAGGUCGGAUUUGGAAAAUAGAGAACUUGGAAGUCCAAGGAACAAGAUAUAAAUUCCAUAAAUUCAAAAAUAUAGUCUAUGAUCUAAAGCAUAAAGAGAGGCCGUCAAUCCAUUAUAGACUACUUACAAAAGGUUGUGUUUCUGCUGCUUCUGAGCAUGCAUAUGUACCUGAACCUACGGCUAAUCAGUCAGAAGGUCUAUGGGCUGCUGUUUCUAAGAAGUUAGAUGCUUUCUAUCAGUUUUCUCGUCCCCACACAGUAAUAGGCACCAUCAUAGGUAUAGUAUCAGUCUCUCUUCUUCCAGUACAGAGUAUUGCUGAUCUUUCUCCAACAUACCUGAUGGGGCUAUUGAAGGCAUUGGUUCCAGCUGUAUGCAUGAACAUCUAUGUUGUGGGCCUGAACCAGCUAUUUGACAUAGAAAUAGAUAAGGUUAACAAACCUUGGCUGCCACUUGCUUCAGGCGAGUUCUCUUUGGGAACAGGAAUUGCGCUGGUAUUUGCCGCUGCUAUCGUGAGCUUUACAAUGGGGUUGAGGUCCAAGUCCCCUCCCCUAUUAGGUGCCUUGCUCAUCAGCUGUUUUCUUGGAAGUGCAUAUUCUAUCAAUAUUCCCUGGCUUAGAUGGAAACAGCACGCCUUUCUUGCUGCAUCUUGCAUCCUGUGUGUGAGGGCCAUCGUAGUCCAGUUGGCUUUUUUCAUUCACAUGCAGAGAUAUGUAUUAGGAAGACCAAUAGUGUUGACAAAAUCAGUGAUAUUUGCAACAGCUUUCAUGUGUUUCUUCUCAGCUGUUAUUGCUCUGUUCAAGGAUAUACCUGAUGUUGAUGGAGACAGAUAUUUUGGCAUCCAGUCCUUCAGCGUUCGCCUGGGCCCAGAAAAAGUGUUUUGGUUUUGCAUCAAGUUGUUGUUAACUGCAUAUGCUACAGCCAUGUUGGUGGGAGCUUCUGCUUCAACCAUAUAUGAGAAGAUUGUAAUUGUGCUCGGCCAUGGCUUACUUGCUUCCAUUCUUUGGUUUCGGGCACAAUCUAUUGAUCUUCAGGACAAGGCAUCCAUAACAUCAUUCUACAUGUUCAUUUGGAAGCUAUUUUAUGCCGAGUAUUUCCUUAUCCCUUUCAUGCACUCAGUAUAAAGGAGAAGCCCAGCGUAUGUUUGGUGAUGGAGACCACGGAGGAUUAUCAAUCAUGUCAAAGAAUUAGUUUCUUGCCCAGGAAUUAGGAAAGUCUUCUAUGUUUGCUUAUUAUAUUGCAGCAAUUCAAGCUGUUAAGACUACUAGCAUGCUUCCUAACAAGCAGAAAACCUUCAGAACGAUGAGUUUUGCAAAAUUUUAAUUACUUAAUUCUUAUCAUCAUCGUUGACUUUUGUAAAUUCUCCAAGACAAGUUGUAACUGAGCUUUGUUCUUUACUG